AAAAUAACUGCUGCAUCGACCCAUGCUCCCGCAACACAAGAAAAGCAGCCAGCUUCGUUCAGCUCCGAGAAAGCUUCGAGCCAGGGCCGAGGAGGCGAUGGUCGGAAUCUUCUCUAGGUUCUCCGCCGGCGCCCAUCGCCGCUCCAAGAGCGUAGCCGAGGUUGUGGAGACGCUGGCACCCAACAUGAGUACCGGAGAGUCUGACACGGCAGCUGUUCCUGCAGAGAGUCCUCACGGUAUUGAGGUUGGCUUUGAGUUCAAGCCAGUGGAGCGCCCUGUGGAGCCUGUCAAUCUUGAUCAACCAUUGAAAUGCCCACUUCCUGAGCCGUCUAUACUGCAUGAUGGGAGGAUAUGGAAGGAGAAAAUGUCUUCAGUCAGCGCGAGGGUGAGGACAGACUUGCCGGUCGUGCAGGAAGGGUCGCAGCUCGAGUCUGACAGCAGCAGUACAAGGUCGAGAUCUGCAGUUCCAAGACGCGCGAUAUUGCCCUCCGUAAGUGCCCCUGAGCACAACAUCCGAGCUCUUCUUGACGAGUGUGAUGUCCCUGUGGGUUCUGCAGAAUGAGCUUGAGUUGGGCGUUACCAUCAUAUUGUAGUUUCCAUCUUGACUGUGUUGUGCCCCCGGCAUGUAUCUCUUCCACAUGUCAGGUGGCACGAGCUGAGCUAUAUACAGCAAUGUUACGUCGAAAAAAACUGGAACUACACUGCAUAAUUUUUGUGUGGAUUGUAUCUAUAAAAUACGAUUAAGGGCAUUUGGGGGAAGAUACAGCGCAUGUAUUGAAGGCAAUGGUUACUGAGAUGCUUUGUUUUGUGUUGGCC